AUGGCCGGCGGCGGAGGAAAAUACCGGCACUUGGGUCGCAAGUCCUCCCAUCGACAGGCCCUGCUCCGCAACCUGGUCACCUCGCUUUUCGAGAAUGAAUCGAUCACAACGACAUGGCAUAAGGCAAAGGAGGCCCAACGACUGGCCGACCAAUUGAUUACUCUGGGCAAGAAGAACACCGAGGCCAGUCGGAGACGCGCUCUGGAGAUUUUCUAUAAACCACACGAAAUCCUUCCCAAACUCUUCGGCCCCCUCCGCGAACGCUACGCCGACAGACCAGGUGGCUACACCCGUGUGCUCCGCAUUGAGCCCGAGGAGAAAUUCGAGUACUUCAACGUCCGCCGCGGCGAUCGUCACGCCGUACCGGAGCGCAAACCUGCCGAUCAAGCCCCGAGUGCUAUCUUGGAGCUCGUUGACGGCCCCAAGGAUAUGCGCUUCGCCAUGACUGCGCGCGCCCUCUCCCGUCAGCGUGAAAUGGACUGGGAUAUGAAUGAAAUUACUGAGCGUAAUAUUCGCAAGGUGACUCGGUUCCGCAAGGGUGGCAUGGAUGCGCUUGAGGCGGCGGUGAGCCAGCUGAGCAUCAGCAAGAGCAAGGUUCUCGAGGACGGUGAGGUUCAGAGUGGGUUGGAGGAACUUUCGAAUCCCGAGGAGGAGAAGGCUGCUAAGCUCGCUGGGAAGGUUGAUUCUUUAAGAAAGAAGGCCUAA